UAUGGAAAUGUGAUGAAACAGGGUUUGGUGAUAAGCCAAAGUCCAAGGAGAUGGUUCUUUGCUAGAGGGGAAAGAGGCAGCAGAUGACCACCAGGGAGCACAAAACUGUGCAUUGCUGUGUCAGUGCACAGUCUGCUCUGAAUGGUCCAACAGACAGCCUGUAUAGCUAUUCACAGAAGGGAUACAUUAAUACAGAGCUCUUUCUAAAAUGGCUGGACCAUUUUGUGAAAUAUGUCCCUAAAGACAGACCUCUCUUGUUAAUCAUGGACCAGCAUGAAACCCACUGUCACUGUCAGGUCAUUGAUGUCUGCAGAACCAACAAAACUGAAUUUUUGCUGCUUUCUCCACAUACAACCCACAUCCUCCAACCCCUGGACAUUAGCAUUGUUAACCCAAUUAAAGCAUGUUUACCCAGUUGGCCACUCGCAUGGGACUGGUGAGAGGAGACAUGGUGGUCUGUAAGAAACAGUUCUCUGUCCUGAAACACUGCAGACAAUGUCAUUUUUGGCCUCAGGGAAGCAGGAAUUUACCUGCUCUCCAGAAAGGCUGUUGACAUGACACAGAUUGUGAAACUAGUGCCAAGUGCACAUGCUCCAGCGCCUCCACCUGCUGUGCCUCCUCCCUCCACUCCCCAGGACAAUGCAUCCACAUUUGCUGCAGUGCCCACCUCCUCCACUGCAGCUCCAUCCCCAGAAACCUCAUCAACUUCUCCUGUGACACCAAAAACUUGCCCUACAUGUAAAAGGGACAACGGAAAUUAUCUAGUUGACAGUGGUCUCAUCCCUCCUUCCCUUGCCACGAUCCUCGUCACACCCACCUUUGACACCACAGGAAGGGGCGGACGAUGGGUGCCCCUGCAAGCAAGGGAUGUCACCAGUGACAAAUAUAAUGCCAUCCUGCAAAAAUUGAAUGCUGCAGAGAAGAAAAAACAAGAGAUGAAUAAAAAGAGGAAAGAAGAGCAAGAAAUAAAGAGAGAAAAAAGGGCCAAGAUAGAGAAAAAAAGAGAAGAGAAAGAGAGAGAAAUUCUCUUGCUGAAAACAGUGAGCGACCACUGUGCAGUGUGCAGGAACAUUACACCACCAGGGUCUGAGGCAGAGGUGGAUGACUGGGUACAGUGUGAAUUGUGUGAGCUGUGGUUUCAGCUCGUCUGUGUCGACCUCAGUGAUGCUCCAGAUGGGGAGCAUACUUGUGUUUGUGCCACAAGUAUGGCCUGA